CUUACAAAAUAAGAAAAUAACAACAAGAAAAAUAAGAGAUUUAAUUUUGAGAGUGGCAAUGCAAUGUGUAUUAGUGUUAGUGCGUAUCUGUGUGUUGUCUUGUGCUUGUGUAUUGGUGAAAUUUGUCCCAGUGUCGGCUGACCGAGAAACUUAACUAAAGGCAUUUGGCUGCAAUUUCAUUGAAACGAACUUCAAAACUGUCAGCCAUUAUCUUAUGCAAAUAAACAAGUGAAUUCGUGUAUCUGUGUGUGUGUGUGCCUUACGGUGUAUUAGUUUAUUAGUGUGUGUGUGUAUAUUCGUUCAUAUUUGCAAUGGGCAAAAUGGUCAGCGAAGAGACGGAGACGGUGUCCGAGACCGCCCAUACGGAGAAAAUCGAAUUGUCGCGCUUUGGUGAAUUCUGUCAGCGUCGUGGCAUAAAUCCCAAUUUAAUUAUGCUCAAGAUAACGUUAUUUGUCAUGUACGGAGCCACCUCAUCGCUGCUGCCCUACUUGACGAUACACAUGCAAUCGAUUGGUUUGACGGUGGAGGAAAUUGCUAUUAUAUAUUUAGCGUUGCCCUUUACCACCUUCCUUAGUCCUCCCAUAACAGGUUUUCUCGUUGACAAAUUUGGCAAAUAUAAACCAGUGGUUGUGAUGAGUUUGCUGCUAAAUGCAAUCUUCCAUCAUUCGUUGCUCUUCAUACCACAACAGGAGAUACCGGGCGUGGUGCCAUCGGCAUUUGUAUUGAGGCAUCCGAAUAAUGGUGACAUUGAGGUUUGGUGGUCACCCUGUCCCAGUCGUGAGUGCCCAGAGGAACCAGAGUUGGAAUUAGCUGUGCAUCAAUGCGUUGACUAUUGUCUGAUGCAGGAACAAGUUAAUCCUCAGCUUUACACCGAUGUACCAGCGUAUGACAAGACGCCAACGACAACGACAACGACAAGGAGGGCAAUAACAACAACAAGUACAAGUACAUUGCGUUCCACAAUGGAGGAGAAUGCAGAGUCGACAUCAUUGAGCCCAGCAACCACAUCGACCACUGCAUCAUCACCAGCAUCAUCAUUACCAGCAUUAUUCGCAACGCAAACGAGAAGCAGAUAUCAAAACGUACUUAAUAUGUCAUCGACCAUGUUCCCGCCAUUGGAGAACGUAUCGGCCAUGUCCUUGGUGCAGUUGGCCCAACAGCAGCAGCAGCAGCAGCCACCACCAUCACCAUCACCAUCAUCAUCAUCAUCAUCAGCUGAACUGCUGGCCAUGUCCAUGCGGGGAUUGAAUUUAUCAACGGAUGGCAGCAGCAUCAAAGGAGCAGCAGCAGCAGCACAACCUCCCAAUAGUUGGGUACAUUCGGAUAAUUCGGAUGCCACAUAUUUCAUGCUGCAAAUGCAUCCCGACCUCGCCGAUCCCACCGAGCAAUUGGGCAUGGAAAUCGAACAGGAUGACAAUGAGACAGUCACAGAUAUACGACAACGAUUCGGUGAGGGACUGUUGAUUAAAGAACAAAUCAAUCUCACCAAUAUGGACGAUUUGGAUCUACGUUGCGGUGGUCUAGUGCGACGCACAAAUAUCUCUUAUAUAAAUAGUGGAGCAGUCAAAUGCAUGAUGCAGCGUUGCACCUUCACCAUGAAUGCCCCAGAGAUUUGCCCACCAGACUACAAGGAGACAGAUGACACAAUUUUCUGGAUAUAUUUUCUCUUAAGAUUUCUGGCCACCACCAUGUUGUCGGCUGGUGUUACCAUUAUGGAUCCCAUUGCUCUCACAAUGAUUGAGAAAUUUGGUGGUGAUUUUGGUCGUGAACGUUUAUUCUCUAGCAUUGGCAUGGCCAUUUUCUCACCCAUCACUGGCAUUAUGAUUGAUUAUUCGUCACGCGGCUUGGGAUAUACGGAUUACUCGGCUGCCUUUUACACGUACGAUGUCCUGCUGGUCAUAUCGACAAUGUCUGUGCUAAUGAUGCCAUUGGGCGAAAAGUUGCCAGCCGAUAAUGUGUUUAGGGAUUUGUGGAAUCUAUUGAAAAUGCCACAUGUGAUUGCUUUUAUCAUAUUUCUAUUUGUCCUUGGCAAUUUCUGGGGUUUCAUUGAGAGUUUUCUGUUUCUCUAUCUCAAGGAGCUGGGUGCACCCAAUUAUUUGCUGGGCAUCACAAUUACUGUGGGGACAGUGAGCAGUAUUCCGUUUUUGUAUGGAGCUGAGAAAAUCACACGCAUCUUUGGCCACGUUAAUUUGAUUAUCAUUGCCUUCUUCUCGCAUGCUGGACGCCUGGUGGGUUAUUCAUUCAUCGAGAAUGCCUGGUGGUGCUUCCCAUUCGAGGCCAUGGAGUCGCUUUCUUGCCAUCUUAUGUGGGUGGCAGCUGCCACAUACUGUUCAAUAUUGGCACCAAAAAGUCUACUAGCCACACUGAUUGGUGUGCUGGGCAUGGCUCACUUUAGUCUGGGUCGCGGCAGUGGUAGCUUUACGGGUGGCCUACUUAUUGGCCAGUUUGGCACUCGAGAUGCAUUCCGCUACAUGGGAUUACUGGCUGUGGUCGGUGGCAUUGCCUACGGCUUGCUGCAUCUUAUUUGGUUGCGUAAAUUCGAUCACACCACAGAGGAGUCCGAGGAGGAUGUGGAAACUGUUGAGGCUGGCGGUGAAACGGAAAAGCUUACCGAACCGGCCACCAAAGAGCAGGGUACCUCAAUGUCAUUGGAGCGUUUGAGUCUGAUGAUUAAAUACAAUCAAAUUGGCAGUCUGUCAUCUUUGCCGCGUGGCUCUCGUGCUGACAUUCAUGACCAUUUGUCAGUGCGUCGCAGCAGCUACAAUGUGGAAUCAUUAAGGGGUGUGCCCAAGCAUGGCAACAUCGGGAGCAGCGCCUCCAAGGUGGAUAUACUCCGUUCGGCGCUUGAAAUUAAUCACAAGUCAUCGAACAAUUCGAUGCUGAGUAAAGCCGAUAACAAAACGUCAAAUCAAUCACUGGGUCGCAAUCGUGCCGACAGUGCGCCCAAAUUGAAUCACAGCAAUCUAAAGAAUAUUUCCCAGCCGGCUCUAGAGGGUGUUGUUCUCGAGGGCGUGGAAUCAACAUUUUUUCCCAGCCGCAUGAAAAAGUAUCCAAGUGGUUUGUUAACUUCAAUACCCGCUGUGGAUUUAUCCGUAAUACCCAGCUCCAUGUUAAUGGAUCAAGAGGGCCCUAAAGUAAUACCCGAGGAAACAGAGCUAAACACCUCAAAGACAACUGUGGCAGAGACUCAGCAACAAAAUCAAUCGAAUGGCAAUGGCAGAACCCUGCAGGAGGAUAACAAAACCGAUGCCACUUGAUGAUGAUGACAGGCUUAAGCAUCCUGCAGCCACAGGGCGUAUGAGUGAUAUUACUAAAUGAAAAAAAAAACAACUUUAAAGCGAAACCAAAUAAGAGCAAAUAAAGCAAAUUAAUAUACAAAAAAUUAUAUUAUUUUCAAAUUGAAUAUGAAUUAAUUAUUAGUUUUAUAAUGUUGUGUGUUAUGUUAUAUAAAUUAUGCCAAUUAAUAAAGAAUUGUUAAAACAAA